AUGAAAGUGGCAGGUGGACCACUGUACUUCUCAUCGAGGGCCUUUCUUCCAUCCCUUUUCUUCUUUAUUCCCCCUGUCCGUUGUCUGUUUCCGCGGUCAGACCAAGCAAGGCGAAUGGACACAUUUGAACGGUUCCACUCGAUCAUGUUCCAUAGGGUUGACAUCCAUUCAUACGCCAUUAUUCUCUCCAAGAUUAUUGGUGUCUCCGAUGUUGGGUCUUCUCAGAGCUGGCGUACCGGGCUUGAUUCUUCUUAUGUCUUAUGUCUUUACUCUCUUCUAGCCUUUGUUGUUUUGGCUACACUCGUAUGA